AUGGAGGCAGAGUACUUUGGUCUUAUUGCGGACUCAACACCAGAUGUUUUUCAUGUUCAUCAAUUGUCUAUAAUUAUUCGUUACUGUUUACAUGGCCAAGUGUAUGAGAGAUUUUUACAAUUCUUGCCAAUUUCAAGUCACACAGGAGAUUUAUUGAGUCGAGAAAUUUUGAAUGUGCUAAGCGAUAACGGGAUUUGCAUUAGUAACUGCAGAGGUCAAUCUUACGACAAUGCAAGUAACAUGUCUGGCAAAUACGCUGGAGUACAAGCUCGUAUUAAAGAAGUAAAUCCACUAGCUUUAUAUGUUCCAUGUACUGCUCACUCUUUAAAUUUGGUUGGAACAAACAGCGUCAAUAUAUGCAUUGACGCUAUUACUUUUUUUGGAUUUGUAGCCGGGCUUUACGCUUUUUUCGUCGCAUCUCCACAUCGGUGGGAAAUAUUAAUGAACAAUUCUGAUACUUCUCUCAAAAGUCUAUCGAAAACUAGAUGGUCUUGUCACGAUGAUGCUACUUCUGCUAUAUUUCGAAACUACGAAGGGAUAUAUGCCGCUCUUUCGGUGUUUGUUGAAAGUAAUGACGCAAAGCCUGAUACUCGAUUUGAGGCCGCUGUCCUUCAAAGCCAAAUGAGAAAACUGGAAAUUGCCUUCAUGAUUGUAUUUUGUCAUAAGGUUCUUGAUCGCUUCAAUAAAACUAGCAAAUUUCUGCAGACGGUAGAAUUAGACGUUGCCAUCGGAAACAGCAUGCUCAAGUCUUUAGUUCACUUUUUAGAAUCUUUGCCAGAUAAGUUCGAAAAAAUUGAAGAAUCGGCCAUGAAUUUGUCUAGCUUUGUUACUAAGCAUUAUCAGGAUGAAAAUAAGCGAAUUAAAAUUGAAAGAAGAAAACUGGCAGGUGGUAGUAUUCAAACUACUCCAAGUUUAACGGGUAGAAAAAGUUCAAAACUGGAAGCUUUUUAG